AUGGAUGCUGCGGGAAGGGGCUGCCAUUUGCCGCCCCUGCCAGCGGCGCGCGGACCUGCUCGCUCUCCUGCGGUGGCAGCAGCCGUCAGCGCCGACCGCCGGCCCGGCCUCUGUAGCGUCGGCGCCUCGGCUCCCUCCGCGGCCGCCGGAGCGGUCGCCAUGAACCCCAGCUCCUCGGCGGGAGAGGAGAAGGGGGCGACGGGCGGCAGCAGCAGCAGCGGAAGCGGCGCCGGGAGCUGCUGCCUGGGCGCCGAGGGCGGCGCGGACCCGAGGGGCGCGGGGGCAGCGGCGGCCGCUGUCCUGGAAGAGCCCGGGGCCGCCGGCCCGAAAGAGAAGGACGAGGCACUGGAGGAGAAGCUGCGGAACUUAACUUUCCGGAAGCAGGUCUCUUACAGGAAAGCAAUCUCUCGGGCAGGCCUGCAGCACUUGGCUCCUGCGCAUCCCCUCAGCCUUCCUGUUGCAAACGGUCCAGCGAAGGAGCCCAGAGCGACUCUGGACUGGAGCGAAAAUGCCGUGAACGGAGAGCACCUGUGGCUGGAGACCAACGUCUCGGGAGACCUGUGCUACCUGGGGGAGGAGAGCUGCCAAGUCAGAUUUGCAAAAUCAGCUCUCAGGAGGAAGUGUGCGGUCUGUAAGAUUGUCGUCCAUACCGCCUGCAUUGAACAGCUAGAAAAGAUUAAUUUCAGAUGUAAACCAACAUUUCGAGAAGGAGGUUCAAGAUCACCAAGAGAAAAUUUUGUGCGUCACCAUUGGGUGCACCGGCGUCGGCAGGAAGGAAAGUGUAAGCAGUGUGGGAAGGGCUUCCAGCAAAAAUUCUCCUUCCACAGUAAAGAGAUUGUGGCUAUCAGCUGUUCCUGGUGCAAGCAGGCGUUUCACAAUAAAGUGACCUGCUUCAUGCUGCAUCAGAUUGAGGAACCCUGCUCCCUGGGGGCGCACGCUGCUGUUAUUGUUCCGCCCACCUGGAUCAUUAAGGUGAAGAAACCUCAGAACUCCCUGAAGGCGUCCAAUCGGAAGAAGAAGAGAACAAGCUUUAAAAGAAAAGCCAGCAAAAGAGGAACCGAACAGGAAAACAAAGGUCGUCCUUUUGUGAUAAAACCUAUCUCUUCUCCGCUCAUGAAACCUUUGCUUGUGUUCGUGAACCCCAAGAGUGGAGGCAACCAGGGAACCAAAGUCCUGCAGAUGUUCAUGUGGUACCUGAAUCCACGGCAAGUCUUUGACCUUUCUCAGGAAGGACCGAAAGAUGCGCUUGAGCUGUAUAGGAAGGUACCAAACCUGCGGAUUCUGGCCUGUGGUGGGGAUGGAACGGUGGGCUGGAUCCUUUCCAUCCUGGAUGAACUGCAGCUGAGUCCUCAGCCUCCUGUCGGGGUCCUUCCUCUGGGGACCGGGAAUGACCUGGCUCGGACUCUCAACUGGGGAGGGGGCUACACUGAUGAGCCGGUUUCUAAGAUCCUUUGCCAAGUAGAAGAUGGGACGAUUGUACAGCUGGAUCGCUGGAACCUCCACGUGGAAAGAAAUCCAGACUUGCCUCCUGAAGAACUGGAAGAUGGCGUGUGUAAGCUUCCUCUGAAUGUUUUCAAUAACUACUUCAGCCUUGGAUUCGAUGCGCACGUCACAUUGGAGUUCCAUGAAUCCAGAGAAGCGAAUCCAGAGAAAUUCAACAGUCGAUUUCGAAAUAAAAUGUUCUAUGCAGGGGCAGCUUUUUCUGAUUUCCUACAGAGAAGCUCUAGAGAUUUAUCCAAACAUGUUAAAGUUGUCUGUGAUGGGACUGAUCUUACCCCAAAGAUCCAGGAACUGAAGUUCCAGUGUAUAGUAUUUUUAAAUAUACCCAGAUAUUGUGCUGGCACAAUGCCCUGGGGGAACCCAGGAGAUCACCAUGACUUUGAACCUCAGCGUCAUGAUGAUGGUUAUAUUGAAGUCAUUGGAUUCACCAUGGCAUCUUUGGCUGCCCUGCAAGUCGGGGGCCAUGGAGAAAGGCUGCACCAGUGUCGGGAGGUCAUGCUGCUGACUUACAAAUCCAUCCCCAUGCAAGUGGAUGGGGAGCCCUGUAGGUUGGCCCCGGCUAUGAUUCGGAUCUCACUGAGGAAUCAGGCCAACAUGGUACAGAAGAGCAAGCGGAGAACGUCCAUGCCUUUACUCAAUGAUCCCCAGUCUGUUCCAGACCGUCUGAGGAUCCGGGUGAACAAAAUCAGUUUACAAGACUAUGAAGGAUUCCACUACGACAAAGAGAAACUCCGGGAAGCCUCCAUUCCACUGGGCAUUCUAGUUGUGCGUGGAGACUGUGAUUUGGAGACUUGCCGUAUGUACAUAGAUCGCCUGCAGGAGGACCUGCAGUCAGUUUCUUCUGGCUCCCAGAGAGUUCAUUACCAGGACCAAGAAACCUCCUUCCCUAGGGCGCUCUCAGCUCAGAGACUCUCCCCACGGUGGUGCUUUCUAGAUGCUACUUCUGCUGAUCGCUUUUAUCGAAUAGACAGAUCUCAGGAACAUUUGCACUUUGUGAUGGAGAUUUCUCAAGAUGAGAUUUUUAUUCUGGACCCAGAUAUGGUGUUGUCACAGCAGGCGGGGACACCCCCAGGAAUGCCUGACCUGGUGGUGGAGCAAGCCUCAGGAAUGACAGACUGGUGGAAUCCUGCUCUCCGGAAACGCAUGCUCAGUGACAGCGGGCUCGGGAUGAUAAGCCCGCAUUAUGAAGACUCGGAUCUGAAAGAUUUCAGCCACUCCCGAGUGCUACAGUCACCAGUCUCUUCAGAAGAUCACGCAAUUUUGCAGGCAGUAGUAGCUGGUGAUCUUAUGAAGCUAAUAGAAAGCUAUAAAAAUGGAGGCAGCCUGCUAAUUCAGGGACCAGACCACUGUUCACUCCUUCAUUACGCAGCUAAAACCGGCAACGGGGAGAUUGUGAAAUAUAUCCUUGACCACGGACCGUCCGAGUUAUUGGAUAUGGCAGACAGUGAAACGGGUGAGACCGCGCUGCACAAGGCAGCCUGCCAGCGGAACCGGGCCGUGUGCCAGCUUCUGGUGGACGCAGGAGCAUCUCUGAGAAAGACGGACUCCAAGGGUAAGACACCUCACGACAGAGCCCAGCAGGCCGGUGACCCAGACUUGGCUGCCUACCUGGGAAGCCGCCAGAAUUAUAAGAUCAUUGGCCAUGAGGACCUGGAAACUGCUGUUUGA